GGCGCGACGACUGAGACUCUACCGCCCGACACAACCGCGAUUUGUCUUUUCUAUCCACGAACAUCGUCAACGACCUCCUCACGAAGCCUGCCCAGCUCUGUCGUCCUCGAGCUGCUCAACUGUCUCCCUCAUCGUCAGGCUCCAUGGUGAGGUCGGUCGUCUACAGUCGUUACCUCGUUGCGCUGUUCGCCGCGCUCCUCCUUGUCCCCUUCGUUGCUGCCCACGAUGCUCGUGCACUAGAGCGUCGAGACAUUAGCAACAUCUUCAGCUUCCCCGACAACACCGACACGGACAAGUCGACGUCGACCUCCGCGGCCAGCAAGACCACAGGCUCGACCUCCGCGACCAGCGCAACCUCCGCCGAACAGUCCAAGUCGACCCAGUCGACCCAGGCGUCCGCUGGAGGGAAGUCGUCUAACUCCGCGUCGGCGACAUCGAAUUCUCAGUCGACGUCGGCCAGCAAUAGCCAGUCCUCAGGCUCGAACACCAACAGCCAGACUGCGACAAGCCAGUCUACGCCUCCUCCUUCCAGCUCGAACGCCCGCUCGACUUCAUACUCGACGAACUCUGAUGGUGAAGUGACCACGGUCGUCGUUACGGCACCGGCGUCUGCAUUAGCGAGUGCGUCGUCAGCCGCGACGGAUUCGGGUGGAGGGUCGAGCUCGGGCAUCAGCACGGGUGGUAUCGUUGGUCUUUCGGUCGCAGGCGGAGUGGCACUGCUCGCCGUUGUCGCAUUUGCUGUGUUCAAGUUUAGUCGCAAACGGUAUCUGGACGAGUAUGAUGACGCCGAAGCGAUCAAAUGGCCUGAGCUGGGCAACCACGGCGAUUCAUCGCAUGCACUGCCCACGCACCGUACAGGCGGAGCUGGUUUCGAUACAUCGUCCGAAGUGAACUUGACGCGUCCGGAUUCGCGCGCGGGCAGCAUUGCACCCUCCGCAGCCGCUUCUACUGUGGACCUUUAUGGUGCGCAGCAGGAUCCUUACGCUGUACCGCCGCUUCCGCAUCUCAACCCCAAUGCAGGUGGCGGCGCGUUGCAGCCAUACCGCGAUGACCCUGCCGCCACAUCCUACUACGACCCCUACAGCGGCCCUGUCCCGCAGACGCUGGAGGGCGAGGCUAUCCCUAUGACACAGAUCCCCGGCCGCGCACGCAGCCCAAUGCCCAUGCAGGGUUCAGGCUUCGCGCCGGGGAUGGGAAUGGACGGAAGGAGAUCACCCGGACCCGGCGCAGCACUCGCUCCACCUAUGCUCUCACCAGUUGGCAUGCGCUCGCCGAGUCCAGGAGUGGGCAUGGCGAACAUGCGCUCACCGAGCCCAGGGCCGAACGCAGCGUACAGCGCAGGUCAGUUCGCAUGACCUAGUGUCGACGGGAGGUAAAGGUGGAUGGCUGGCCCAUGUCUAGGGAGGGGAGGAGGGUGAUCUACUCGGAUUUUCGUAUCGAUUUCAAGGGACACUGGGUCUGGAUGUCAUCAGCUCAGAAGACAGGGCUGCGGGUGUGCGGAGGACUGUAACGGUACUGAUACCCUCGAGUGUGUCGCAUUCUGGAUCGUGCAAGGAUAGACAAUGCAUUCGUCCGUGCUUCAUUUGCUAUACGCCUUGGUUGCAUACUCACGAGUGUCGUCCGCAUUGCUUCUGUAGUCGACCGAUCCGUCCACGUCCCCUUCGCGCUGGCUGGG